CUAGCUGAAGGGCCGCAUCGCGGCAGCUGCUGGAGUCAGUUGCCGAAGCCGAGCCUGGCCUGAGUGGAGCCAAGCCUGCCCCGCCGAGAUGACCCUGACACUGCUGCUUGGCCUCGGGGGGCCCCUCUGCUGGGCGCUGCUGGGGGUCUGGGCCCAGGCCCCUGGAUCCACGCUCUCUGAUCAGCACAGCCCCGGGUUGCCUGGGGACUGGAUGGCAGAGGCUGAGACCACCAGCUGGGACUCUGCCAGACGGAACUGGUGCCCCUACCAGAAGUCCCGGUUGGUCACCUUCGUCGCGGCCUGCAAGACGGAGAGAUUCGUAGUCCACUCGCAGCAGCCCUGCCCACAGGGGGCCGUGCACUGCCAGCACACCAGAGUCAUGUACCGCGUGGCCGUCAAGCCGGUGUACCAGGUUCGGCAGAAGGUGUUGGCCUCCGUGGCCUGGAGGUGCUGCCCAGGCUUCAAGGGCCCCGACUGCCAGCACCCCGAUCCCAUGGCAACCUCUGAACCAGCAGACCCAGGUGACGGCCUGCAGGAGCCCAGGGACAGGCUGACUGACUUUAAGCUCGCUCACCCAGCCCAGGAGAUCCGUGAGGUCAUGGCGCAGCAGGAGCAGUACGAGCACCUGCUAGGAGACCUGCAGAACGACGUCCACCAGGCGGUAGACAGCCUCCCGGGUCUGGGGACCAUGCCGGCCAGCAACCACACAGCUCCCUCGCCGGGGGCCAACCACAUGGAGCUGCAGUUUCCCGGCAGAUCUUUGGAGCAGGUGCUGCUGCCCCACCUGGACGCCUUCCUGCAGGGGCGCUUCAGCCCCAUCUGGAGGAGCCUCAACCAGAGCCUGCACAGCCUCUCCCAGGCAGUCCAGAACCUGUCCCUUGAGGUGGAGGCCAACCGCCAGGACAUCGAGAGGGUCCGGGAGAGUGGUGUGUCCAGGGACGCCUUCCAGGAGCUAGGCACCAAGUUCGAGGCCAAGUUCCAGGAGAACGCCCAGAGAGUGGGCCAGCUGCGACAGGACAUGGAGGAGCGCCUGCACCAGUCCCUCUCCGCCGUCCGGGCUGACAUGGACGCCAAGGUGAAGCAUCUGCACAGGGCCCAGGAGCCCCUGGGGGCCGGGGCCAGGCCUGAGCCAGAGAGUCUGCAGGCCAGGCUGAGCCAAAUGCAGCGGAACCUCUCCGCGCUCUGGGAGGCCGCCACCCGCUGGCAGGAGGAGGUGCAGCAGACGCUGAAAGACGUGAACGCCAGCCUGGCCCAGCACUCGGAGGAGAUCAAGGAGCUGUACUCCGAGUCGGACGACACCUUCGAUCAGAUCAGGAAGGUGGAGCGGCAGGUGGAGGAGCUGCAGGUGAACCACACGGAGCUGCGCGAGCUGCGCGUGAUCCUCAUGGAGAAGUCCCUGAUCAUGGAGGAGAACAAGGAGGACAUGGAGCAGCAGCUCCUGGAGCUCAACCUCACCCUUCAGCACCUGCAGGGCGGCCACGCCGACCUCAUCAAAUACGCCAAGGACUGCAACUGCCCGAAGCUCUACUUAGACCUGGACACCCUCCAGGAGGGCCAGAGGAACACCACGCGCACCCUGGAGGAGACACAAGUGAGCCUGGGUGAGCAGCGCCGUCUGGACGGCUCCUCGCUGCAGGCCUUGCACGGCGUAGUGGAUCGCCUGUCACGGGCCCUGGACGCGCACAGGGCGGAGACUCGGCAGGGGCAGGUGGCGGCGGCGCGGCUGCGGACCCAGCUGCAGCUGCUGGAGGACGCGAUGCGGCACGAGGCCGUGCUGGCCGCCCUCUUUGGGGAGGAGAUGCUGGAGGAACUGUCCCAGAAGGAGGCCGACCCACUGCCGCAGAGCUACGAGCAGAUCCGCACCGCCCUGCGGGAAGCCGCAGAAGGGCUGCGGGAGCAGGCGCUCGGCUGGGACGCGCUGGCCGCGCGGGUGGCGGCCCUGGAGCAGGCCGCGGGUGGCGGCACCCAGCCCGCAGGGCGGCGCCUGGAGCCCGGCCAGGACGUGGGGUCGGAGGAGGUGGACGCCAAGGCCCUCGCCGGGCUGGCGCGGGAAGUCCAGCGCCUGAGCUCCGACGUCCAGCUGGCCCGGCAGUGCUGCGAGGCCUCCGGGGCCGCCUCCCUCAACAGCUCCCUCGGCGGCCUCCAGGGCGCGCUCUCGGCCACGGAGCGCACCGUGGAGCAGCACCAGCAGCUCUUCCACAGCCUCUUCCGGAACUUCCAGGGGCUCAUAGCGGCCAAUGUGAGCCUCGACCUGGGGAAGCUGCAGGCCAUGCUGAGCAGGAAGGAGAAAAAGAAAGGCCUGGAGGCCGCUCGGAGGAGGGACAAGAAGCAGGCGGAAUCUGUGGCAGAAGCAGGUGGCACAGGGCUGGUGGCGGGUGCCCUGGGCACGGAGCUGGGGGAGGCAGGCUCCCCUGUGGCCUUCUACGCCAGCUUUUCAGAAGGGACAGAUGCCCCGCAGAUGGUGAAGUUCAACACCACGGCUGUCAACAUUGGCGGCAGCUACUUCCCAGAACACGGCUACUUCCAGGCCCCUGAGCGUGGCGUCUACCUGUUUGCAGUGAGCGUCGCAUUCGGCCCAGGCCGGGGUGCAGGGCAGCUGGUGUUUGGAGGUCACCAUCAGACCCAGGUCUCUACCAGUAAGUGCAGGGGCGGGAGCACAGUCACCACCUUCGCUAUGGCGGAGCUGCAGAGAGGGGAGAGAGUGUGGUUCGAGCUAACCCAGGGGUCCCUAACGAGAAGCCCGUCGGGCGCUGCGUUCGGGGGCUUCCUGAUGUUCAAGACCUGAACCCUGGGCACGGCCCAGACUGGGCGUCCUGGACUGCACAUCUCGGACUCGCCCGCUGCGCCCGGCCUGGGAACAUGCCAGUGGUCCAGCUCUUCCCUGGAGCCUUCUACAGGGACUGUGUGGUACAGUGGCCUCCCUCCGGGUGCACUGGCCUUGGGGACUUCCCAGUAAUGAGGACUGGAAUGCAUGCACGACCUGGUGGGGCAGACCUGGUCUACCUGGCACCGGCCGCUCGACGCCACUCCUCGGAUUCUCCAGGCUCCGUGCUUUAGGCCUCUCCUGUGGCUGGAAGCCUCCGUCCACACGCAGACCUCCCUCCUGCCUCCUCCUCUCCCUGCCUGUGUGCUAGACGGUCAUCCUUUCCCAGAGGAUGUUUAAGAUGGGGGUGACACUUCAGCCAAACGGAACAGUCUCCGGCUGCUACAGGGCAACAGAAGAAAGGCACAUGGCCAGGCCCCGCCAGGCAGAAAGAGGGGCUGGGGCUGGCCGGGUCACCCACAGGACGAAGCAGCACCUCGUGGUCAUCAUUCCUCAUAUUUAUCUGUCCUCGUCUCUCCGUGUUUGGGUCCUCUUAGCCUCCUACAGGAGAGGCUGACCCACACCAGGCAUGACCUUAAGCGAGCCCUCACUCCUGAGGUUCCAGGGGCAGGAGCUGGCCGGGACGGAGCCGGGCGUGCUGGGACGGGCAGGAAGACUGUGUAGGCCUCCCUCAAAGUGACCAGCUUAGAAUAAAGCAGCAGCCCUUGACGCUG